AUGGAGUCCAACGAAAGGCGAAGGCCUUUAGCAAAUUUGACAAAUGAUUAUUACAGUGAUAUUGGUGAUCAGAUGUAUUCAUGUCAGCACUGUGGAGCUAUAUUUUGGUUAGAGGAGCGAGUUAAUAAAUCUAGCGGUGUUCGAAAUCCCAAAUAUUCACUAUGUUGCAGUCAUGGAAAGAUCAAGUUGUCACCAACAAAUAGUCCACCUCUUGAAGAACAUUUCUUGAAGAACAUUAGGUCCAAAGAUCCAAAGAGUACACAUUUCUUGAAGAACAUUAGGGAAGAUGAUUCAACGACUACAUUGCAUUAUGAAAUUGUUAAAGACAUUAAGGAUGCAUUAGAUGAAAAUAAUGUUUUGGUCAAGAGUUUUCGGAUGGCCAAAACGGAGAUAGAAAGUAAUCCUAGAACAUAUAUUAAAGUCAAACUCAUUGGUAGGAGGAACAAAGAUGCAAGGACAUAUAACUUGCCACAGGUUGGAGAAGUGGCUGCUUUGAUUGUUGGUGAUUUAGAUCCAAACAUGGGGAAACGAGAUAUAUUGGUGGAAUCUAAAGCUAGUCAUUUCCAAAGAAUAACUGAAUUAAAUCCAGCAUAUCUCCCACUUCAAUACCCAUUACUCUUUCCUUAUGGUGAAGACGGGUACAGAAAUGACAUACAGUUUAGUAAUGUGGAAGGUCAGAAUUCAAAUGCAAGGAGUAAACUUAGUCCAAGGGAGUGUUUUUCACUCCGUUUGCAAGAUAGGUUCAAUGAAAUCUCAACAUUGCUUUAUUCUAGAAGGUUGUUUCAGCAAUAUUUGAUCGAUGCCUAUACCAUGAUAAAAUCAGGACGCUUGGUUUAUAUUAGGACUCAUCAAAAGUCACUUCGAUGUGAGUCAUAUAAAUGUUUGACAGAUGCGUUAACACGUGGUGAAGUAGAUCCUACAACCCAAGGAAAGCGUAUCAUUUUGCCAUCGAGUUUUACCGGAGGUGCAAGAUAUAUGGUGCAAAAUUAUCAAGAUGCAAUGGCGAUUUGUCGAUGGAUUGGUUAUCCAAGUCUAUUUAUUACAUUCACAUGUAAUCCCAACUGGCCUGAGAUUGAAAGGUUUUUACAACCAAUAAAACUCAAAGCUGAAGAUAGGCCGGAUAUAAUUAGCCGUGUGUUUAAAAUGAAAUUAAAUGCACUCAUAAAAGAUAUUCAAAAAGAAAACAUUUUUGGAGUUGUUGAUGCAAUAAUUUACACAAUUGAAUUUCAAAAAAGGGGAUUGCCACAUGCUCACAUUUUGAUAUUCUUGAGUAAGAGUAACUCUUAUCCUAAUCCAAAAGACAUUGAUAUGAUCAUAUCUGCUGAGAUUCCAAGUCAGUUGUGCGACCCUGAGUAUUAUAAAGCUGUGGAAGAAUUUAUGAUUCACGGACCAUGUGGUUCAGCGAGGAAGAAUUCACCUUGCAUGGUCAAUGGUAAGUGCUCUAAAUUCUUCCCAAAAAAAUUUGUUGAAAACUCUACAGUGGAUUUCGAUGGAUAUCCGAUCUAUCGGCGUCGAGAUAAUGGUCGUACAAUACGGAAAAAUGGAAUUGACCUUGAUAGUAGAUAUGUUGUUCCACACAAUAGACAUUUGCUGAUGAAGUACAAGGCUCAUAUUAAUAUGGAGUGGUGCAACCAAUCUAGAUCAAUAAAGUACUUAUUCAAGUACGUCAACAAGGGUAAUGACAGGGUCACAGCUGAAUUUUACAAUAGUGCGGUGGAAGAAUCUACUGGAAAGGUUAUAGAUGAAAUCAAGAUGUACUAUGACUGUAGAUAUAUUUCACCGUGUGAGGCCGCUUGGAGGAUAUUUGCAUUUGAAAUACAAUUUAGGAAUCCAUCUGUUUAG